AUGACCGACAAGCCCAGCGUCUUGUUUGUCUGCAUUCAUAACGCCGGCCGUUCUCAAAUAGCCGCUGGCUACCUCACCUACCUCGCAGGCGAUGCUGUUGAGGUCCGCUCCGCUGGCUCAGCGCCUGCCGACUCCAUCAACCCCGUCGUGGUCGAAGCCAUGCGUGAAGAAGGCAUCGACAUCACUGACCAAAAACCGAAGAUUCUAAGCGCCGAUGCUGUCCAGGCCAGCGACAUCGUCAUCACCAUGGGCUGCGGCGACGCCUGCCCCUUCUUUCCGGGCAAACGCUACCUCAACUGGGAACUUGACGACCCUGCAGGGCAAAGCCUUGAUGUUAUACGCCCUAUCUGUGAUGAAAUCCGUCGCCGUAUCGAAAAUCUUAUCACCGAGAUCCUACCGUCCCACUGA